AUGGCUGACCGGUAUUCAUUCUCCCUCACCACCUUCUCCCCCAGCGGCAAGCUGGUACAGAUUGAGUAUGCAUUGAAUGCAGUCAAUCAAGGUGUCACCGCGCUCGGAAUCAAGGCCACCAAUGGCAUCGUACUAGCAACCGAGAAGAAGUCCUCAUCACCUCUCGCCGAUCCCUCAUCCCUCUCCAAGGUCAGCCUCAUCACCCCGAACAUCGGCAUGGUCUACUCCGGCAUGGGACCCGACUACAGAGUACUGGUCGAUCGGGCGCGAAAGGUCUCACAUACCGGCUACAAGCGCAUCUACAACGAGUACCCGCCGACGAGAAUAUUGGUCCAGGAUGUCGCCAGAGUCAUGCAGGAGGCUACGCAAUCGGGCGGUGUCCGGCCGUUUGGAGUUAGCCUGCUGAUCGCUGGUUGGGACGAGGGCAUCCUGCCCGAGGACGAGGAAGAGCAGAAGGAGGGCGAUGUUACCGAGGGCGAACAGAAGAAGCCAUCUGGCAAGACCGGCGGGAUCCUUAAGGGCGGUCCCAUGCUGUACCAGGUAGACCCCUCAGGAAGCUACUUUCCGUGGAAGGCGACCGCCAUCGGCAAGAGUGCUACAUCCGCGAAGACAUUCUUGGAGAAGAGGUACACGGAAGGUCUAGAGUUGGAGGACGCCGUACACAUUGCGCUUCUUACCCUGAAGGAGACAAUCGAGGGAGAGAUGAACGGCGAGACUAUCGAGAUUGGUAUUGUUGGACCACCUGCAGAUCAUCUACUCGGAGUUGAGGGUGUUGAAGGUGCCACGGGACCGCGCUUCCGGAAGCUCAGUCCCCAGGAGAUUGAGGACUAUUUGACGAAUCUGUGA